UUUUUUUUUGUUGCCCUAAGGAUUGAAGAAGAUCUGUGAGUCCGAAUUGUUUGAUUGCAAUUUUUCCUCUUUCUUUGAGGGGGGGAAAAUGGAACGCAAAUCCGACCAGAUUUUUCUUUCCAUUCCUUUGUAGUACCCACAUGAGAAAUAUCUCUGAAGCUGCUCAUUAUCUAAAUGCUAGAUUCAUUUCCAUGCUCGGAGCACAGAAUCUUGGAUAAAUUGCCCAAAGGAAAUAUAUACAGUUUGUUGGAAAUGAAGCUUUGGGUUCAUGUCAUUGAAGCCCGUAACCUUCCUGUGGUGAAUCUGAGUGGCACAUGUGAUCCUUACGUGAGAUUGCAGCUUGGCAACCAUAGGUCAAAAACAAAGAUAGUGAAGAAGAACUUGAACCCUGUUUGGGAUGAAAAAUUCGACUUCAUGGUUGGAGAACUCAGCGAAGAGCUUAUCAUAACCGUCUUCAAUGAGGAUAAGUACUUUAACAAUGAUGUCCUGGGGAAGGUGAAGGUGUCAUUGUUGAAAGUUUUGGAUGGUGAAAAUCUAUCAUUGCAGACACAUUGGUACCAGCUUCAAUCCAAGAACAAGAAAUCAAAGACCAAAAAAACAGGGGAAAUUUGUCUUGCUAUAUCUUUGUCCCCUAGGAACAAUAUCUUGGAUGAAUCUUCUAUUACCGAACAGGUAUCUUCCUCUGCUAACGUUGCAUCAAGUUCGGAGUCAUUUGAACUAAUUAAGGAGGCUCCUUUCUACACUUCUAGUGAAAAAGUAGAGCCUUCUUCUCCUUCUUCUCCACCUUUGAGACUUGACAAUACUACAAUUACCAAGGAAGAUAAGUUGAGUGCAGGCUCUUUUGUUGAAGUAUUGUCUCAAUUUUUUCUCGGGAGAAAUACAGAUUCCUUGGUGUUAGCUGAUAGAAAAGAUCUCGGUUCCCCGGAACAAUCCCAAAGUGCACCUGCAGAAACAGAGAUAUGUGCUGACCCAUCUUCUAAUGAGCCAUGUGAAAAUAAUUUCAGUUCUCUGUUGGAAACUGUAGCUACAAAGGAUAAUGGGACUGGUAUGCCCGGAAAACUACCUGGUGGGGUAUUGCUAGAUCAGUCUUAUGAUAUUGCACCAGUUGAUUUGAACAACCUCUUAUUUUCACCGGAUUCAAAUUUUGGGGAUUCUGUUGCAGAAGUUCAGGGAACUACAGAUCUGAAAAAGGAAUCCUGGAGGCUUAUCAAUGAUGAAAGUAGUUUGAGGAGAGUGAUAACUUAUACAAAAGCUGCAAGUAAACUGAUUAAGUCUGUAAGAGCUACGGAAGAGCAGGCAUAUUUGAAAGCAGAUGGAAAACAGUUUGCUAUUCUGGCAAGUGUAAGCAUUCCCGACGUUCCUUUUGGUAGCUAUUUCAAGACAGAGAUCCUUUAUUGUAUAAUGCCAGGACCUCAGUUGCCAUCUCCAAACCAGUCAUCAAAUUUGCUGAUAUCGUGGCGUAUAAACUUUCUUCAAAGUACUAUGAUGAAAGGCAUGAUUGAAAGCGGAGCAAAGCAAGGUCUGAUAGAGAGUUUUGCCCAGUUUGUUGAUAUUCUUUCCAAACAUGUUAAACCACUUUCCCUGGAAGACUCUUCUUCUAAAAUAGAGGAAAACUUGACAGUGCCCGAGACAAAGAAAGAAACGGGAUUGUGUUUGGCAGUUCACUUCCUGCAGAAUUUUGCUGUUCUCCUCUCUCUUUUUAUAUGCAUUUAUGUGUGUGCUCACAUCCUAAUAGCCAACCCGAGUAUGGUUCAUGGGCUUGAGCUUGUUGGCCUUGAUUUGCCUGAUUCUCUUACAGAAUUUCUAGUGUCAGCAGUUUUAAUAAUUCAAGGGCAAUAUGUUCUAAAAGUAAUUGGACGCUUCUUGCGUGCCAGAGAACAUAACAGGAAUGAUUGUAGCGUUAAAUCACAAGGAGAUGGUUGGUUGCUGACUGUUGCAUUGAUUGAAGCAAGCAACAUCGCAGCUGCAUAUUCAUUUGGAUCAUCUGAUUCCUAUGUCGUUUUUAAAUGCAAUGGAAAGACGAAGACAAGCUCUAUCAAGUUUCAAACAACAAAUCCUGUAUGGAAUGAGGUAUUUGAAUUUGAUCCCAUGGAUGAUCCUCCAUCGAGAAUGGAGGUUGUAGUUUAUGAUUUUGAUGGGCCUUCAGAAGAUGCUAUCUCCCUGGGCCAUGCUGAAGUCAACUUUGUGAAAUCUAACUUGUCAAAACUAGCUGAUAUCUGGAUCCCUCUUCAAGGAAAUCUUGCUCAGGCAUGUCAGUCUAAGUUGCAUUUGAGGAUUUUCUUGAACAAUUCAACAAGCAAUGAAGUUGUUAGACAGUACCUAACUAAAAUGGAGAAGGAGGUUGGGAAGAAGAUAAAUCUGCGGUCUCCUCAAACAAAUUCUUCAUUCCAGAAGCUUUUUGGUCUUCCCCAAGAAGAAUUUCUCAUUAAUGAUUUUUCUUGUCAUUUGAAGCGGAAAAUGCUUUUACAGGGUCGUCUCUUUCUUUCUGCAAGAGUUGUUGGGUUUUCUGCAAACAUAUUUGGACACAAAACCAAGUUUUUUAUUCUCUGGGAUGACAUUGACGACAUCCAAGUUGCUCCACCAUCUCUGGCUAAUGUAGGUAUCCCUUCUUUGAUUAUUAUUCUAAGCGAAGGCAGAGGCAUGGAUGCCAAGCAUGGAGCAAAAGAAAUUGACCAUGAUGGGAGACUAAAAUUCCAUUUUCAAUCAUUUGUCUCAUUCAAUGUAGCCAGCAGGACUAUCAUGGCAUUGUGGAAAGCAAGAUCUUUGAGUCCCGAACAGAAGAUGCAACUUGCCCAAAAUGAAUCUGAAGCAAAAGAAGAAACUGGUUCAUUCCUGGGAUCAGAGGAUGUGAAGAUGAUCGAGGUAUUCUCCGAUGGCCUUCCACUGGCUGCAAGCUCCGUGGUGGAUCUAUUUGGAGGCCUGUUGGAGCCUAAGAUUAUGCAAAAAGUUGGUUGCAUUGACUACUUGACUACACCAUGGCAAUCAGUUAAACCUGACGUGUAUCAGAGGCGAAUUAGUUACAAAGUUGACAAGAAUCUAUCAUGUUUCACUGGUGAAGUUACCGGCACUCAGAAAAAGUAUCCCUUGUCUGAUGGAAGCGGAUGGGUUAUUGAAGAGUCUAUAUCCCUUCAACCCCAAGAGCAUCAAUUGUGUGCCUAUCUAAGUCUUCUUCUAAAAUACCAGAUCCAAGAUGUGUCUUCUGUACCGAAAGCAUGUUAUGUCCAGGUAACUCUAGGAAUUAGUUUGCUCAAAGGUACCAAACAGAAAAGGAAGAUCACUAAGAGCUUGACAUCCGAUGCUUCCCUUCGCCUUAAGGAUAUGUUCUGUCAAUUUGAAAUAGAGCUACUCACCGGGGACCAAAUUAUAUGAGCCUGACAUAGAAGCUCAUAAUUCUCGAAGUAGUGGCGACUAGAGUUUUAGAACUCCAUCUUAUUCCAGCCUCCAGACAGCAGUGUUGAUUCAGCUGCUGAAUUUGAGGUCAUUUUUAGUUCUCUUUGAUGAAAAGUACCACUGAACACAACUACUUGGAUGGUGCCCUUCAAAGGUGUUCUUGGGACUUCACAGAACAAGUAGGAUUUCAUUUACAGCCGGGUCUGGAUCUCAUGGAUGAUCCUGCUCCCUCCUUUUACUCGUAGAUGAUAUCUAUCUCGCCUUUCCGAAAUUUGGAUUUCUGUUUGAGAUUAAGGCUGCCAUUCAGCUAAUGAUAAUGCCCACAUGAAUUAAACAAAGUUAAUAGUUUGAUUCACUGAUGCAGUGGAGAUGGAAGCUGCAACCAAUUGACUGUCAUAAUAUUCUUCGAUAAAAAUAGCUGAAGGAAGCAAAGGAGAGCAGAUUGCAACUGUAUAGUUGCACAUUACAAUGUAGUAUUUUUUUUUUUUCCAUAGAACAAUUUCAAACUGUGGCCAUGUUUUAGUUGAAGUAUAUAAAGGUGGUAGAUUGCUGUGGCCCAAAGAUUGUACCAUAUUGCAUGGAAUGAAUGUCAUUGUUAUGUUGUACAAGAUUGUAAGGGAUUUUCCCAAUUGAAGAAAUUACUAUUCAUAUUC